UUCUUGUAAUAGAAAAAUAAUCCAAUAAAUGACAAUUACUAAAUACAUUAACUGCAUCACUGCCAUUAACAAGUGAAAACAAAGAAAUUAAUUAAUAGAUAGGUAAUUGGUAGCCGUUGAAGAAAAAACCAAAAACACCCCAUAAAAUUACGGUUUAGAUGAGAAGGAUCUGAAAAUAAUUUGAUUGCAAAAUAGACAACUGUAUUUGAAUUACAGAACCAAAGACGUCGUUAUGCUUUUUGCGCGUAGGCGGCGUUUCUUCAAGAGAAUUGGACUGCCCUUUCUGGUGAUAGCGCUGUUGUUGUUCCUCGUCAUCUUUGUGCUGCUCCCAUUGGCCUUUCGCUUCUCCGUGACGUUACAGCGCAGCAUACUCUUUCUCACAUUCAUCACCUAUCCGAAGGGAUUGGAUCUCACGCAACCAGCGAGCAUUGGACUCUAUGCCACACGCAACUUUUACAUCACCGUCAAGGAUCAUAAUGCGGACGAGGAUGGUGUGAGGAUUGGCGUAUGGCAUGUGCUGCCCAAGAAUGCCGUGCGUCGCUUCAAACGCGAACUUCACGUAGAGGAGGCCUACGAGCAGGAGGAGCAGCAGGCUGGACAGUUGCAGCGGGAGCAGUCCAAGUCAACAGUUGAGCAAGCAAACAGCAACAACAACAACAAGCAGCUGGAGCAGGUGGCGCCUGCUCUGCGUAACGAGUUCCCCGUAAUUCUGCCCGAGAACGAGCAGAUCUUCUACGAGCGUCUCUUGCGCAUUCCCGGCGGCACCGUCGUUCUCUAUCUGCACGGGAAUACGGCGACACGGGGCAGUGGACAUCGCUCUGAGGUCUACAAACUGUUGCGACAUCUCAACUAUCAUGUCUUUUCUUUCGACUAUCGAGGCUAUGCGGACUCGGAUCCGGUGGCGCCGACGGAAGAUGGCGUUGUGCGCGAUGCUCUGAUGGUCUUUGAGUACAUUGCCAAUCUGACAACGAAUCCCAUCUACAUUUGGGGGCACUCACUGGGCACUGGCGUGGCGACGCACAUGUGCGCCAACCUGGCGGCUCUCAAGGGGCGUGCGCCACGUGGCGUCAUCCUCGAGAGUCCGUUCACCAAUAUUCGGGAUGAGAUUCGGCUGCAUCCCUUUUCGCGUCCCUUUCGCCGUUUGCCCUGGUUCGAUUUCACCAUCUCGGAGCCGAUGUACAGCAAUCGGUUGCGCUUUGAAUCGGACAAGCAUAUCGACGAGUUUCCGCAGCCCAUUAUGAUUGUCCACUCGGAGGAUGAUGUUGUGGUCCCCUUUCACUUGGGCUAUCGACUCUAUCGCAUUGCGCUGAACAAGCGUAGUCAUGCCUGGGGCCCAGUGGAAUUUCAUCGCUUUGAACGGAGACACGGUUACGGGCACAAGUAUUUGUGCCGUGCACCGGAGAUGCCCGGAUUGGUGCAACAUUUUGUGGAGAGCUACCGCGAUGCGAUCUAUUAGACAAGAUAAUUAGCUAAAUAUCAUACAUCCAUCUUUGUAUUUGUAACGGGAGUAUUUUAAUCUAAUUUUAUACCGACGUAAUGUUACUAAAUUUACGAUCGCACGGUGCAUACAAAUUAAAAUAGUAAUUUCUAGGAUACAAAAAUGAU